AUGGCGGAUCUAAGGCAACAGAUGCAGCAGUUGGUUGAGGCUUUUAAUGGUGUGAAUAUUCAAGAUCAGCCAAGGAGACGAGGAAUCGCAGAAGUUGAAACGUCUUCUGAUGAAAGUAAUCUGAAUCCAGAUGACUUUCUCGAUUGGUUGAGAUCUAUGGAGAUGGCAUUUAAAUAUAACACUUAUGACGAUGAGAAGAAAUUUAAGAACCAUAGGAAAAGAUCUGUGCGUUUUGUGCAUGGUUUGAAUGAGGAUAUUGCGUCUAAGGUGGAGUUGCAACCUUGCUGGACUCUUAAUGAUGUUAAGAAGCUUGUUAUCAAGGUGGAGAAGCAGAACAAAGCGGAAAAGAAACCAUACACCAGAUCAUACAAUUCUGGUGCUUCUUUUAUCCUAAGGUGUCUGUUAAAGGGGAGAUGA